AUGGAAGUUGCAAGGAGCAAGAAUGUAGAUAGGGGGAGAUAUCAACGACUAGUUGGAAGGUUGAUCUACUUGUCUCAUACAAGACCUGAUAUAGCCUUUGCAAUUAGUGUAGUGAGUCAGUAUCUGCAUUCUCCACUUGAGGAGCAUCUUGAAGCUCUAUAUCGGAUCUUAAGGUAUUUAAAAAACACACCAAGUAAGGGGUUAUUAUUUGAGAAGAAUGAACAAAGAAAUGUGGAAGAAUUUACAGAUGCAGACUAUGCAGGAUUAAUUGAAGACAGAAGAUCUACUUUUGGGUAUUGUACAAAGGUUUGGGGUAAUCUUGUCACAUGGAGGAGCAAGAAACAGUCUAUUGUUGCUCGAAGCAGUACAAAAACAGAAUUUAGAGCCCUUGCACAAGGAACUUGUGAACUUAUUUUGCUGAAAAGACUUUUAGAAGAGUUGAAAAUGUCGAUGGAAUACCUUAUGAAGUUGUAUUGCAAUAAUAAAGCUUCUAUAAGUAUUGCUCAUAAUCCAAUGCAUCAUGAUCAAACAAAGCAUGUGUAA